AUGAACCUCACUGACGUUGAUUGGGACACAGCUCUCAAGGCCCCGGAUCUCCUGCACCAUCUCAUCCCAGCGGACGGCACUCUUCCCAACUGGUUACUUCAACUGCGCAAGGAAAGACUGUCUGAAGCCUCCGAACCUCUCAACACGAGCAAGAAGAGGAACUCAGUUCGCGCGGUUGACUGCAGUCGCUGGAUCAAGAAGGAUAACUACCACAUCAGCGGAAUCCGCAAGCGCAAGCCGGAAGCUCGUCCACCCAAAGCUGGCAUGGCGCGACCAACAAACGUUGCGCAGUAUCAGCGCCAUUCUCUGCAGCUCAUCUCCAGAGUCCUCAACAUCCGCACCAACGCAUCACCCUUUACACUCAUCCUCGAUGACCUCAACCAGCGUGCUAUGCCGCUCAUCGGUGAGCUGGUAAGGCGCGGGUUGUCACGUAACGUCAAUGUCGUUGUGGUGUCUUUCGAAGCAACUCGAUUCCAUCCUGCUGUUCGCAGCGUCCCGGCAUACGGUGACGAGACCGGCGAGCAGAUUCUACAGCACAUCCGGAAAGCACUGAGCGAGGCGAAAGAGAGUCUCGUUGUUAUUGAUUCGCUGUACGAGCUUCUCAGUGUCAAGAACGUUGACAUGGGUGCACUGUUCAAUCUCGUUGCGGGCGAGUUCGCAUCAACCCUCGUCGGUGUCUACCACCAAGACACGAUCCCCGAUCAGGACGCACACAAGGCAUACGCACCGCAGCCUCUCGACCUCUUCAAGUACAUGGCUACCACCGUCAUCACAUGCAAAUCUUUUGCACACGUCCUCGCCGCAAAAGCUGCCAGAGAGCGCAGUCUGCCCGAGCCAACUCAUGGCCUGCUCCAGGGCGCUGAAGGCAUCGUACAGUGUCUGGACGCCAACGACCAUCGUGGUAUCGUGAUUGAAGCAGAGUUCCGCCGCAAGUCCGGACGCCCGGAGAGCGAGACCUACUUCCUUCGUGCCGCGCGCCGAUCAGACUACAACGCAUCAUUGGCCGGCAUGGCAUUCGGUACACUGCGCCAGGAGUUUAUCACGCUGCUUGACCAAGUUCCGGCAUACAGCAGCAACGAGGUCACUGGUCUCGUCAACGCUGCCGCCAAUGAGAUUGAGUCGACGUUCAACUUGGGUCUUACAGACAAGCAGAAGCAGGCUCGCGAAGGCGUUGUGCUCCCCUACUUCGAUGCACAGAAGGGUGAGGGUGCUGGCGAGGGUGGCCGCAUUCUGUACGACAUGGGCGAGGAGGAUGACUUUGAUGAGGAAGAGGAUGAGAUCUGA